AAUGUAAUACAUAACAAAAGUUUUAUUUCUUAUCAUAACUUAAUAUAUUACAAACGAAAACAUACAACAUUAGAUGACAAAGGCUAGAUACUAGAUAAGCUCUACAAGAAUGUUGAAACUGACAGUUAACUUUAUAAUCUGUAGUAUUGGGUCGUCCCGUCUACUCUGUGUGUAUUUGUGUGUUGCUUUGUUAUGGCGCGUUUGUGGGUUUAAAGAUUUAACAUUUAUGAGAUUUCUUUAUAAAUCAUUAACUGGUGUGAUAAAAAUGGCUUCUGCUGCAAAGAAACCAAAGCUUUCAACAGCUGCUACAUCACUGAGUAAUGGGAUUUCUUCAAAAUCGAACGACAUCGAAGAGUUUAUGAAGAAAUUACAAGCAAAGCGCGAAGAGACUGCUGUGUCGAUUUUGGAGUAUAAAUUCAAUAAAAAGCGUGUUCGAAUCGUAUCGCAGGAGCAGAUGGUGCCUGAUAACUGCGAAGGGGUAGUGUACUGGAUGUCCCGAGAUAGCAGGGUUCAAGAUAACUGGGCCUUCCUGUUCGCACAGAAACUCGCGCUUAAAAACGAAGUACCGUUGCACGUGUGUUUCUGUUUGAUAGCCAAGUACUUAGACGCCUCUGUCAGGCAGUUUGAUUUUCUGAUAAAAGGGUUAGAGAAGGUAGCAGCUGAUUGUAAGAAGCUGAACAUAUCGUUUCAUUUACUGGAAGGAAGUGGUGAUGAAGUGUUGCCGCAGUGGGUGGUGAAACACAACAUUGGAGCAGUGGUGUGUGACUUCAAUCCGUUGCGGGUCCCUCUAGGUUGGCUGGAGGGUGUCAAGAAGAAACUCAAGAAAGAUGUUCCUCUUAUACAGGUAGAUGCCCACAACAUAGUGCCCUGCUGGGUGGCAUCAGAGAAACAGGAGUACUCAGCAAGGACAAUAAGAAAUAAAAUAAAUUCAAAGCUUGGUGAAUACUUGACGGAGUUCCCACCUGUUAUCAAACACCCUUACACUGCCAAGUUUGAACCAGAGCCCAUAGAUUGGGAUGAAGCCAUAGUAUCCAGAGAAGCUGACAAAAAUGUAGGCCCAGUGGACUGGGCCCGGCCAGGAUAUGAUAAUGCCCUCAAAAUGUUGAAGAGUUUCCUUGACCAGAGACUCAAAGUGUUUGCAACUAAAAGGAAUGACCCCACUAAAGACGCUCUGAGCAAUCUAUCACCAUGGUUUCAUUUUGGCCAAAUAUCGGUACAGAGAGUAGCCCUAUGCAUUCAAGAACACAAAGGUAAACACACAGAAUCUGUGAAUGCGUUCCUGGAGGAAGCUAUCGUGCGCCGCGAGUUGGCAGACAACUUCUGUUUCUAUUGUGAACAUUACGACAGCAUCAAAGGAGCUAGCAACUGGGCACAGAAAACACUAGAUGAUCACAGGAAAGAUAAAAGAUCGCACAUAUACACACUGGAACAAUUAGCCAAGUCAGAGACACACGAUGACCUGUGGAAUUCAGCCCAGAUUCAACUCUUAAAGGAAGGAAAGAUGCAUGGCUUUCUGCGCAUGUACUGGGCCAAGAAGAUCCUUGAGUGGACCCCAACACCUGAAGAUGCUCUGAAGUACUCAAUAUACUUGAAUGAUCACUACAGUAUUGAUGGACGGGAUCCAAAUGGAUAUGUUGGAUGUAUGUGGUCAGUUUGCGGUAUACACGACCAGGGUUGGGCAGAGCGCGCGGUCUUCGGCAAAAUACGGUAUAUGAACUACGAAGGAUGUAAACGCAAAUUUGAUAUCAAAGCUUUCAUAGCUAGGUACGGCGGGAAAGUACACAAGUAUGUACCUAAGAAAUAAGAAUAAUUAAAAAAAAUCUCGAUUACAAAACAGACUGAUAUAGAGAUCUGUAUGUUCAAAAACGUAAGUUUAAGUUUUUGUAUUAAGUAGUUAUUGUAAUUAGAUGUAGUUUUGAAUUUGUUAAUUAUUAUUGAUAGUCUACUAACCGUUUUCCUCCUAAUUACCUCAGCUUUGUAUAGCAUAAAGAUUGGCCUGUAUGGCCAUAUUUAUACCACAAACCACUUAAUAUUGUUGGAUGUUACCUAUUUUAUUAAUGUAGUCACAAUCAAAAUGAACAUGAGUACAAAUUAUAAAUAGGAAUAAGGUAUAUAAUACCAAAAGUUUAUUUGUUAUAUUUAAUUUGUAAGUAUUUCUUUUAAAAAAUACUUUUUAUUGUAAUCACAAUGUUCAUGGCAAUAAUUUCAAUUAUUAUUUGUUUAUUAGAAUUAUUUUGUUGUAUGUAUUUAUUAUAGUAUUUUGUGUUAAAUGUUACACAUACCUCCAAAGUACUACCUCAUUUAGUAUAAGCUCGUCAAGUAAGAAAUUUUGUAAACAGUGUUACAAAUACUAAAAUAAAACAUCAUUUGCUUAUAAA